GCACAGUGCUCCUGGCCCAGGACACGGCGGCCCCGCGGCAAGCCGGGGACUCCGAGCUGGUGUGCGCUUCGCCCACGCAGGAAACAAGAUAUUUCUGCAAAAAUUCCUGGGUUCUUGGAAAGAGAAAAGAUUAUGAGACUGAAUGAAAAUAAGUGGAACAAAGACCUGACUAUGCAAAGGAUAAAAGCCUGGAGAAGAGGUUGACCUGUGAAGCCUUGUCCAUGGCUGCAACCAUGCUUAGUCAGCACCUUCGCUAGCAGGAUGAGUGAAGAAGUCAAGCAAGAGUCGAGCACCCAUUUCCUCCCGACUGUUUUUGUAAACGACAUCGGAUCCCUAUGCCAUCCCUACAGAACGAAACAAGACAGACAACCCUAAACCAGCAUUACCCAGUGAUUCCCAUCCUGUCCUAGUCGGGCAGACUGGGAUGAUAAAAGGAGCUGCUCAAGAUGAAGAGCGUGGGGCUGGAGAGGUGCGGCUUGGUCUCCUGGAUCUGAGCACUCACCCCUCUCCGUCGCCAGGACUUCCCGGGCCCACCUGGGUUUCAGCCAUGCGUGCUUGGUGAUUAAGUUGGCGGCGUUGGGAUUCGUGGACCUGAGACUUCGGGAGGGAAUGCUGGCUCGGUUUUGAGUGGCUUGGGGAAAGUGAGGAGCCCCCAAAAUGGAGGACUUUUCUACGAGGACCUAUGGCACCAGUGGCUUGGACAACAGACCUCUGUUCGGAGAGACGUCAGCAAAGGAUCGAAUCAUCAAUUUAGUUGUUGGUGGUUUAACAUCCUUAUUGAUUCUAGUAACGCUGAUCAGUGCUUUCGUUUUCCCUCAACUACCUCCAAAACCACUCAAUAUAUUUUUUGCUGUCUGCAUCUCUUUGAUUAGUAUUACUGCCUGCAUACUUAUCUACUGGUACCGACAAGGAGACUUAGAACCGAAAUUCAGAAACCUAAUUUACUAUAUCUUAUUUUCUAUCAUCAUGUUAUGUAUAUGUGCAAACCUGUACUUCCAUGAUGUGGGCAAGUGAGGCUGCCAAGGAGAAAUAUUUAUCAGAUCUCUUCAACAUGAUAUAUUAGGACUGAAUGUGAGCUGGAUAAGGUAUGCCAAACAAUCUCCCACAUAAGUCUAAUACAUGAUUUUCAUGUUAAUUGUAAAUCUCAAUUCCCUUUUUCAGGGGAGGCAUUAUCACUUUGCUUUUUCUUUAAGGAGCUGAUGCUGCACUUAAAUAUUCCAAGAGCACAAGUAAUUUUCACUUUUGAAAUGAAAAAUUUUUAUAAUGUUAUAAUUGCAUGGCGAAAGGCUAUGUAACAAUCAAUCUUAUAUUUUAAGACAAAUAAUCUUUUAUUUUUGUUAAACUGAAUAUACAAUUAUUGUUCCCUAAGCAACCAACUUUUGCUUAUUACUACAGUUUAAC